AUGCCGAAGGGGCAGGGCUACUACGGCCCCUACCUGAAGAUGUCGAGCCCGAGCAACCCCGUGGCCACGUUCCACUCGAGCAGCCGGCCCUUCACGGCGCCGAGCAGCCCCGGCAAGGCCGUCUUCCCCGAAUUCGCCGCCGUCGGCGCCCGCGUCUACGAUUCGACCAUCUCCCCCGUCCUCACGCCCCAGACCCAGCGGACGGGGCCCUCGUGGGCGACGGGCCUCGCCACGGACCGGCCGAACACGCGCGAGAAGCUGCGGUCGCUGGCGCCGACGAGCCAGCCCGCGCACCUCCGGACGCGGCCCAUCUGCAAGAGCGCCCAGCGCGGCACGCUCAUCCUGCCCGACUCGUUCAGCGGCAUGGCCUCGGCGCUCCACAUGAGCGAAACGCACAUCCCCGGCCUGCACACGGAGAAGUACAAGAAGGAGGUCGACGAGGAGGGCGUCGUCAAGCCCAUCCACAUCGUCGGGACCGUGACCAAGGUCGCGGGCGAGAGCCUGCUCCGGAGCCCCUUCGGGGGCGACUGCGGCGUCGCCUGCCAGGUCUCCGUGUACAAGAACGACGGCUUCCCGCUCAAGGGCCAGAUGGAGUACCUCUUCACGGGCACGGAGGCGUUCCGCUUCGAGGUCCAGGGCCACAGCGCGGAGAAGGGCACGGUGCCGCCGACGGAGCCCGUGCGCUACCUGCUCGACGCGGACAUGUCGAAGGUGACCUUCAAGCUCCGGGAGACGCACUCGGAGCAGUACAUCGUCAUGGACAAGAAGACGCGCGAGAUCCGGUCGCACGCGACCGACCGCAAGUGGGAGGGCCUGACGGUGCGGCCCAACGCCAUCAUGUUCUGGGAGCGCCACUGCUCGUCGUCGCGCAAGGGCGAGCAGUCCAUGCUCCGGUCCAUGCUCCACGCGCCGAUCCCGAUCCCGCGCCUCGCGAAGGAGCGCGUGUUGAAGCUCGGCGACACGGUGUCGGUCUACGCCAUCCCGACGGACCUGGGCGACGGCACCAUCGCGCUCCGGCCGACGGACGAGGGGCGCCUCGUCGUCUGCAACAGCGACACCGUCGCGCGCGCGCUCGGCUUCAAAAAGUACCCGAACGUGGACUCGAUCGUCUCCGGCCAGAUGCGCACGGUCACGCCCGUGCCCAUGAGCCAGCCGACGAACUCGCCCGCGGACUCGUCGGACGACGAGCUCGCGCCGCGCUGCGCGCGCGCAUACGCACGCACCGGCGCGCGCCGGUUCGCGGCGCUCGGCGACCACUUCUUCGGCGCCGACGGCGCGCUGGCCGCGGAGCCGCACCACGUGGACCACUUUGCGCUCUUCGGCGUCGCGGCGCACUUCGACGUCGACGGCGCGGCGCUCGACGCGGGCCUGCGGCAGCUGCAGCACCGGCUCCACCCGGACCGCUUCGCGAGCGCGCCCGAGGCGCAGAAGCUCCUCGCGGACGCGGCGAGCGCGCGCGUCAACGACGCGCUCGCGGUCUUGCGCGAUCCGCUGCGCCGCGCGGACUACGCGCGGUCCCUGGCUACCGGCGACCUCGUCCUCGACGACGAGACGCGCCAGGCGCCGGGCGCGCUGCUCCUGGCCGUCAUGGAGGCGCGCGAGGCCGUCGACGACGCGGCGAGCCUCGAGGACCUCGCGGCGGUCGUCGCCGCGAACGACGGCGACGUCGCCGCGGCGACGGCCGCGCUGCGGGAGGCGCUGGGCGCCGGCGAUCUUGAGAGUGCCGCGGAGCGCAUCGUCGAGCUCAAUUUUUACGGCAAGAUCGACGCGGAGGCGCGCGAGGCCGCGGACGCGCGCGGCUUCGGCGAGCUGCCGCGGCGCGCGUGGUAG